AAAAAGCGUUGGUUCAUCCUGUGUAGUGGUCGUAUGUCUGGCGACCCUGACGUCCUGGAGUACUAUAAGAACGACCGCUCUAAGAAGCCCAUCCGGAUCAUCGACCUGCAUUGCUGUGAGCAGGUGGACGCUGGGCUGACCUUCAAGAGGAAGGAGUUUCAGGAUAGCUUCGUGUUCGACAUCAAGACGUCAGAGCGUACCUUUUACCUGGUGGCAGAGACCGAGGAGGAGAUGAACAAGUGGGUUCGCUCCAUCUGUCAGCUGUGUGGCUUCAACCAGUCAGAGCAGAACAACCACGACGGGCGGUCCUCCACAGCUCAUAUGGGCCGUUCCCUGGCAGCUGACCUGUCCAGUUCCAGUUCCCUGACCCCACUGACCAGAGAGCGAAAGUCGUCCGCUCCAGUCCACUCUUCCCAGCCCGUCCUGUUCACCUUCGACGUCCCGGUCCGUCACGGUGGGUCGCACAGUCACCACGGGGGCUCCCUGUCCAACAGCGCACCUCAGGACUAUCUUCUACUGCAUCAGUGCAUGAGCAGGAAGACUGAGAGCGCACGGAGUGCCAGUUUCUCCCAGGUACAGCACAGUAGCAAUCUGUUUGUGGGCAGUGACUCGGCGGUGCAGAAGUUCUCCCAUGGUUUCUCUCACUGUCUGAACGGGAUGGGCGCCCAGCUGCAUGGCUUCUACAGCCUGCCCAAACCUGGCAAGCACCAACUGGCCUCUGCGGUCGGGCCCAGGUCCUCCACACGGCCAGACUCCCCCCAGGAGGGCUACGUGCUACCCAGGGGGUACAGCUCUGAGGGGCCCUCAGAUCAUAGUCGCCUGGGAGACAUGGAUCAGCAGGAGAAUGAGGAGCUGUACACCUUCAAGACGCCUUGCAACACCCUGGCCACCGGCAACGACCGUAACCACAGUAACGACCGACACAGCAAUGACCAUAACCACAGCAACGAGCGUAGCAACGACCGGCAGACUGACAACUACGACCUCCCGACCCCGCCCGGAUCGUUCUACCAGAUCCCCCGGACGUUCGAUAAGAACCACAACGUGACGCCGUCUGGCUCCGAGUCAUCUAGUGGACCCCCUCCACGGCCCCCCAAGCCCAGCCAGGGGUCAGAGAGCGGGGGCUGUCUGGGGUCACUGCAGAAUGGAGAGGUGACCACGACUGUGUCGGUUAUACCCAGGAGGAACACUCUGCCUGCCGUGGAGAACAGCAGGUUACAUCGAGGGUGUUCAUUUGAGACCAGCAGCCAUCACCGUCCGAUCUAUUUCAACAACCAAGGCCAAUCUGUGGAGUGUGUCAACGAUGGCUUCAGUUCUUACCUGAGAACAAAGGCCCCUCUGACACGUUCGGACAGUGGCGACUCGGAGGACAACUAUGUGCCUAUGAACCCAGGCUCAUCUCCCCUCAACGCCGCCCAGGCGGACAGCCCCAAAAAUAUCUACAUCCCCAUGAGCCCCGGGCCGCACCACUUUGACUUCCCAGGGUUCUCAGCCACACUACCUGCCCGGAAGGGAAGUACCGCCUCGCUGUGUCACCGACCGGGGAGGCUGAGUGACGUCACACCACCACCUAUAAAUCGCAACCUCAAACCCAACAGGAAAUCCAAGCCGACACCUCUGGAUCUGAGGAACAAUGGCAUCAUUGAUGAGCUCCCAUUUAAGAGUCCAAUCACCAUGUCCUGGACACGACCCAUGCCUAUGAACUCAGGUGGCAUGUCCUCCCAGCACUGCAGACCCAUCUCCACCCAGAGUAUCACCAGCACUGACUCCGCAGACAGCGAGGAGAACUACGUAGCCAUGCAGAAUCCAGCGUCUACCUCCCCAGCAGUGAGUGGUACCAGCAGCCCCGCCCCUCGGAAGUGUGGCAACGUGGACUACUUGGCUCUGGACUUCCAGCCGGGCUCCCCCAGUCCACACAGAAAGCCCUCUACGUCCUCGGUGACAUCUGAUGAGAAGGUGGAUUAUGUCCAGGUGGACAAGGAGAAGACGCAGGCCCUCCAGAACACCAUGCAGGAGUGGACAGACGUCCGACAGUCCACCGACCCCGCCCCUAAGACUGUAAAGUCCUGACAGUAACCAUGGGGAAGACACAGCGCUCUGACCUUACCUCAUGUCAAGACAAGCAUCUCCUAUAGGAUGUUACACUGUUACUGACAGAAGUCAGUUUGAGGAGUGAAGGACCAUUCAUGGUUGGCGGAGACACAGUUUACCUCUGUUGGACAAGCUAAAAUGACUUGAGGACUGAAAUGAGGACUAAAAUGAGUUGAGGACCGAAGUAAGGACCGAAAUGAGGACUGAAAUGAGUUGAGGACUGAAAUGAGGACUAAAAUGAGUUGAGGACUGAAAUGAGGACUAAAAUGAGGACUAAAAUGAGUUCAGUCCCGAAAUAAGGACCGAAAUGAGUUGAGGACUGAAAUAAGGACUAAAAUGAGUUGAGGACCGAAAUGAGGACCGAAAUGAGGACUAAAAUGAGUUGAGGACUGAAAUGAGUUGAGGACUGAAAUGAGGAUUUAAAUGAGUUGAGGACUGAAAUGAGGACUAAAAUGAGUUGAGGACCGAAAUGAGGACUAAAAUGAGUUGAGGACUGAAAUGAGUUGAGGACUGAAAUGAGGAUUUAAAUGAGUUGAGGACUGAAAUGAGGACUAAAAUGAGUUGAGGACCGAAAUGAGGACUAAAAUGAGUUGAGGACUGAAAUGAGUUGAGGACUGAAAUGAGGAUUUAAAUGAGUUGAGGACUGAAAUGAGGAUUUAAAUGAGUUGAGGACUGAAAUGAGGACUGAAAUGAGGAUUUAAAUGAGUUGAGGACUGAAAUGAGGACUGAAAUGAGGAUUUAAAUGAGUUGAGGACCGAAAUGAGGACUGAAAUGAGGACUUGGCUCAAAAAGAGGAGACUAAAAGUCAACGCCUCGCUGUGUUCUGUGGUGAUAAUCAGUGCUGUGCAGCCAACGCUUGAUGCAGUCGGACAGAGACCCAACCUGAACCUGCCAAAGCUUUUCUUCCUAAAGAGACUGUUAAAGCUGGACUGGAGUGAUAGGAACUUGCCUUCCCGAAUACUAACCUGUACAGUAACCUUUCUUCUCGAUUUUUCUCUGACUCUGUCAAGCUUUGGGAACAACUCUUCUAGUUCUUCUCUACAGCCAUUUCAACUGUAACACAACGUUGAGUGUGUUUUCUUCCUGUUUAGCGGGUCAGCUAAUGUACAUAGCUACUGUAAAACUAUUUGCUUCCAGUCAAACUGCUAUCGUUAUCUAACCACCCAACCAGGCAGUGGAAUUGUAUCAGGAAUGCAUAUUCUAUUACAGAUGCAGCCUCAUUUUGCUUGAUAGGACA